AUGGAUGCAUUUCGUUCUUUGCCGAAUCGCGUAUGCAACCUCUACGAAUCACUUUUUCCGAAUCAGGGUAUAUUCCUGUCACUGCUAAUAUUCCUGAGUGUUGCUGGCAAUAUCUUAGUUUGCAUAGCAAUAUACACCGACCGAGGGUUGAGACGAAUAGGGAACUUGUUUCUCGCUUCUCUCGCCAUCGCUGACAUGUUAGUAGCCGCGGCUGUUAUGACCUUUGCUGGUGUUAAUGACCUGCUUGGGUACUGGGUCUUUGGUGAGCAAUUCUGCGAUACUUGGGUGGCCUGUGACGUCAUGUGCUCGACGGCUUCAAUAUUAAAUCUGUGUGCCAUAUCCUUGGAUAGAUAUAUACAUAUCAAAGAUCCUUUAAGAUACGGCCGCUGGGUUACUAGACGCGUAGCUAUCAUCACAAUCGCUAUGAUCUGGCUACUAGCAGCACUAGUCAGUUUUUUGCCCAUAUCUUUAGGCCUCCACCGACCUGAUGAGGAAGCUCUAGCAACUCAGAGGCCUCCGAGAUAUCCCACCUGUGCCCUCGUCUUGACUCCAACAUACGCUGUAGUAUCCAGUUGUAUAUCAUUCAUCCUGCCAUGUAUUGUGAUGAUUAGCAUAUAUUGCAGGUAA